CUCAUCUUGUCUCUCGUUUAAAUCGUCCCCCUUUUUUUUAUUUCACAAGGUCGCACAAAACAAAAUUAAAAAAUGAUGCUGUCUUCUUUGUCCUUUACCCUUUCCGUCCUCAUUGGCAGCCUCGUGGCGCAGACGUGGGCAUGCUCUCGAGUCACCUACAACAGCGGCCCCAAUGACAACAACCGGAUGAUCGUGGGGAGGUCCAUGGAUUGGUUCAUGACCACCAACGCCAGCAUCUGGGCCUUCCCACCUGGGAUGCAACGAAACGGCAACGUCGGAACCAACUCUCUGAACUGGACCUCCAAGUACGGCUCGGUCGUGACGGCAAUGUACUACCAGGCCACGGUCGACGGGAUGAACUCGCAAGGCCUGACGGGCAACUUUCUGUACCUCUCCGACAGCAACUACGGCCAACGUGACGAAUCCAUCCCCGGUCUCUCGGUCGGGGCGUGGCUCCAAUACUUUCUCGACAACUACGCCACCGUGGACGAGGCUGUCAAGGACCUCUACACCGCCAGCGGGCGCGGGAAGUUCCAGAUCGUCAGCACCGAGGUCAUCCCCGGCACGCCCUCGGUGGGCCACGUCAGCCUGGCCGACGCCUCGGGCGACAACCUGAUCAUGGAGUACCUCGACGGCGUCUUGACCAUCCACCACGGCAAGCAGUACACCGUCAUGACGAACCAACCGCCUUACGACCAACAGCUCGCCAUCAACGCCUACUGGCUGCCCAUCGGGAACCAGUCGCUGCCGGGCACGCGCCGCCCCGCCGACCGGUUCGCCCGUCUGUCCUACUACAACAACGUGACGGUCGAGGUCAACGACCCGGAGCAGGCCGUCGCCGUGGCGGCGUCGAUGAUCCGCGCCGUCAGCGUCCCCUUUUCGCCUUCCCUGCCGGGUCAACCCAACGUGGCCUCGACCCUGUGGCGGACGUACAGCGACACCCAGGCACUGCGGUACUACUACGAAAGUUCCACCCUGCCCAUGUUCUUCUGGGUCGACCUGCCCAGUAUGAACCUGUCGAACAACAACACCCCCGUCAAGGUGUUGCAGUUGUUGGACGUCAAUCCCGAGACGAGGGUGGGCAACAUGGGCAGUAGCUUUGUGAACUCGGCACCUUUCACCUUUUUGACGAGCGCCGGUGGGAACAGCACCACAUGAAGGUUUUCUCUUCAUUUCCUUCUUGCUAAGAUUCUACUUCUCGUGAGGGGAGGGGGUUUUCUACCAUGAUUUUAUUAUAAACCUUUAAUAUCUUGAAUGGAUGAAUAUUUGUGUUUUGGAAA